AUGCCUUCCAACGUCCUCGCUGCCAAGGACGUCAACAUGUCGCUUCCUACCACCAACAACAACAACACGACCCAGACCUCGACUGAUACCUGCGGCAAGCCCGAUACUAUGAGUAUGGAGUACCACCGUCAGGUCUUUCAGAACAAGAUGGCGGCACAGGAGGAGAAAACUUACAUUUCCCCCUCGGAUAACCUCAUGUCCCCUUGCACAGCCAAGCUGAGUGCCUUCCGCAGCAAGCAAGUCGGCAAAGUCAAGCCCAAAUCCCUCUUCGCCCAGGCGUCCUCUAAGAAGCUCGACGCCGCGGGCCAGAGCAGCCUGCUGUUCGGCAACAAGCCCAAGCCCGCUGCUCCUCCUGCCGGCAGCAGCUAGGCAUUGGACACGGCGAAACAUGAACACCCUUUUUCUUUUUCUCUUCGACAUGACCGUUCUCCUCCGACCAUAACGGAAACCAUUAUUUUCUGUUUGUUUGAUUACAUCGCUUCUAUUUUUUCUUUUGUCAGAGUACACACACUCCCUCUACACAAGAGGGGUGAAGGGGG